CUAGCUAUUGGGGUCGACGGAAGAGGCAAAGGCCCUUGCCUUCGCGGAUUCUAUCACCCUUUGGCUGUUCGACCGAGAGUAGACGUGGAUGACCUCGAUUCCGUCGUCAUCCGCACCGGUGCCAGCAGCGGUCGCAGAGCUGGCUACGGAGAAGGCUUCCUCCUCGAUGGCGCCGGCAGAGUCGGUGGCCUCUUCCUCUGAGAGGAGACCGUAGCGCUUGGAGAGGACGGAUUGGGUGGUCAGCGUCUCCACCAGGCGGUGGAUCACCUCGUCGCGCGUCCGCUGCGUGGGAGGCCAGAUCUUGAGGGAGAGCGAGGGGGCCACGCCGAUGCCGGUGUCUCCAGCCCCUCCGAUUCGGAUCUCGUCUCUUCGGCGGCGGCAGAUUCGGCCAUGGACGGCGAGGGGAGAAUGAUCGGACCGGGAUCGGCGAGUAGAGCGAGUUAACCACACGCAGCGCCACGCUUAAUUUUUUUUUUUUUUACCUGUUUUAUUUUAUAUUACAAUUUUUAAACAAAAUAAAUAUAACGCGGACUAUAAUUUAGAUAAACAUGUAUAAAAGAAGAAUACUAAACUAAAAUAAAGCAUUUCGGGUACAGGUGUGGGGAAGUGAUGGUGAAAGGUCGGCAAAGCUACUGGCUGCUGAAGACGGAGCCGGCGGAGUGGUCCUGGGAAGACCAGCGCUCCAACGGCGGCGUCUCCACCUGGGACGGCGUCCGGAACCACCAGGCCCUCAACCACAUGAAGUCCAUGCGCCUUGGCGACCGCUGCUUCUUCUACCACUCCGGCGGAGGCGCCUCCGCCCGCCGCAUCGUCGGCGUCGUCGAGGUCGUCAAGCAGUGGUACCUCUCUUCAGUCCCCGACUCCUUCAGAGGCGGCAGAGGAGGAGACGCGGCAGGGGCGGUGGACGUCCGGUCGCUGGGCGAGAUGAGGCGCCCCGUCGAACUCCGACAGAUCAAGGCGGAAGCCGACGCCAUGAAGGGUUUCGCGCUCCUGAAACAGCCGCGGCUGUCUGUGGUACCCGUGCCCGAGGGGAUCUGGGAACGUAUUUGCGAGAUGGGCGGCGGAUACGGAGAGACGACGGAGGAGGAGGAUGAGGAGGCGGAGACGGCGACUCCACCACCACCGUCGUCUCCACCGGCUAACAAAUGAAUCAAGACAGAUAGGUUUCAGGAAGUCUGGAAACCCUAGUUUUGGUACGAGAAGAUGAAAGAAGCAGCAGUGGAGUAGGCCAACUACUUAACCUCAUCAAGCGAUGGAUUGCAUAUGUAUAUAUCCUUUUGUUUGGGAUGGGGAUAUGCAUAUCCUUUCUUUUGUUUUGGGAUCGGGAAAUGUCUCAUACGGUUAUGUUGCUUCUUUCUUUUUGAUCUUAAGGAUACUGAAUUCUCGGUCAAUCGAGUGCUGAAGUUUGGAUCUCUGCUUGCCACUCAAGGCUUGAUAGUGCAUUUUUAAAUUUCUAUGCCUGUUAAGCUCAAUAAAUUAAGUAAAAUGCUAAUGACUUUUUUAUGA